UUUCGCUGUGUUCGUGAUGAAACAGUGUGAAACUUAGCUGCGUUAAUUUUUCGGUCGUCAAAAUGAAAGUUAUUGUACGGUCAGCAAUUUCGGAAUGUGAACUUAACGCAUUACCAAAAACCUCCAUUAGAGAAAUUUUCGAUUUAAUGUGCAAAAAUUUACUAAUCUUUGAAAAAUGGUACUUUGGGUUAAUGUAUAGAGGUUCCGAUUUUGAACAAAUAUGGGUUGAUGGAUCAAAGAAGAGCCUCAAAGAUUUCAAAACAGUCGUGGAAAAAUUAUCCUUUAAGGUUAAGUACUUCCCAGAGGAUGUUGGCGAAGAAUUAAUCGAAAAAUCUACAAUAGAGUUAUUUUUCGCGCAAGUCAAGAGUGAUAUUUACAGAGACGAAAUCUAUUGUCCCGCGGAUACCUGUGCUCUUUUAGCCUCGUAUGCGUUGCAAGCAAAAUUUGGCGAUUAUGAAAGUGACGAAAACAAGAAAUGGUCUGCUCAAAUCAAAAAACUGAUUCCAGAAAGAGUGCUCAAUCAGCACAAAAUCGAUGAUUCGGUAUGGGAAGAAAGUAUAAUAACAAUGUGGCAGAAACAUAAAGGACUAGACGAAGAAGAUGCGAUGAUGGAAUACCUAAAAUUAACUCAAAAUUUAGAAAUGUAUGGGGUUAGUUUUUUCAAAAUUAGAAACAGGAAAGGCACAGAUUUACUUUUGGGUGUUACCGCUCUGGGUAUUGAUAUAUACAAACCGGAAGACAAACUGAAUCCUCAAAUAUCCUUCCCAUGGGCGGAAAUUAAGAAUUUAAAAUUUAAGGAUCGCAAGUUUAUCAUAAAACCAACUGAUAAGACCGCCCAAGACUUCAUAUUUUUCACAACUGAUCCAAAAAUUAGUAAACUAAUCCUGAAUUUAGGAAUUGGAAAUCAUGCGUUAUACGUUAAAAGAAGAAAACCAGAAAGCACAGAAAUUACAAGAAUGAAGGAAAGAGCUCAAGAAAUGAGAAAGAAUCGAGAAGCACAAAAGUUGAAGUUGAAUAAAGAAAGAUCGGCAAGAGAAGAAGUUGAGAGACGUGAAACUCAGUAUAAACUUCUUAUAGAGACAAUGAAAGAGGAAAUGGAAAAAAACAAAGCAAGCUUGUUAGAAGCUCAGAACACCAUCCAAAAACUUCAGCAACAACUAGAAGAACUUCAAAAAGCCAAGGAAGAAUUAGAGAAGCAGCAAAUGGAGUUGAAAGAAAUGAUGGAGCGUCUGGAACAAAGUAAAAAUCUGGAAGCCACUGAACGGCAAAAGCUUGAAGAAGAGAUAUCAGCGAAGCAACUAGAAGUGCAGCGAAUACAAGACGAAGUCACCGCAAAAGAUGAAGAAGCUAAGCGUUUACAAGAACAAGUGGACGAGGCGCGUAAACGAGAAGAAGAAAUGAGGCAACAAGAAGAGGAACGAAGACAACGUGAACUUGAGGAAGCUGCCAAGCAAAAAGUUGAAGAACAGGAACUAGAAGAGGUGCCAGAAGGAGCCGAUACGGCUUUACCAGAACUUGCUGACGUUAAUGAUCAAUUGCGUGAACAACUAAGGAUUUUGCAAAUGAAAUUAAAUGAAACGCGUGAACAAACUUUGGACACAGAUUUAGAUAAGAUUCAUCGUGUCAAUUUAGCCGAAGGGAGAAACAAGUACAAAACGUUGGCUGAAAUUCGUCGAGGAAAUACGGUCCGACGAGUAGAAAUGUUCGAGAACCUGUAGAUAGCUUGGAAGUUGUUUAAUUAAAAAAUAAUAUUUCUUCAUGUGAAUCGUUAUGUUUAUGCAAUUUUCAUUAAACAUUUUUUCAUACUUAUUAACAUUUAUUAAAUCAGAUCAAUAAAUAUUUUAAAUAAAAAAAAUGAACACCUUAA